AUGUCGUCUAAACCGAUUCACGAGUUUGACGCCAAGCUCCUAAUCAACUACUGGCUUCCCCGCUCGGCAGACGCCAGCCCCGAGGCUGUGGCGUCGCCGUCGUUCCGUGCGCCCACCGCUCGCGUCGCUCAGAUCGCUUGGGAUGCCAGCACGCAGAGCCUGACACCGGACGAGUAUCUGCCGUCGUGGGUCUUUACCUCGAAGCUCGUGGCCAAGCCAGACCAGCUGAUCAAGCGCCGUGGCAAAGCGGGUCUGCUCAAACUGAAUGCGGACUGGCCCGACGCCAAGGCGUGGAUCGCCGCGCGGGCCGGCCAGCCCCAAAAGGUAGGUGUAUUCACGCUCACGCAACAGGUGGAGGCUGUCACGGGCCGCCUGACCCACUUCCUGGUCGAGCCCUUUUGCCCGCAUGCACCCGAGACGGAGUUCUACGUGUGCAUCAAUUCGGCACGCGAGGGCGAUUAUGUCCUGUUCACACACGAAGGUGGCGUGGAUGUGGGCGACGUCGAUGCCAAGGCGAAGAAGCUGCUGAUCCCCGCGAAUCCCCAGGAGCCGUUCCCGCCGCGCGAGCAGUGGACGCGCACCCUGUUGCCCGAGGUCCCGGAGAACAAAAAGGAAUUCCUGACAGACUUUUUGGUCCGCCUCUACAGCGUGUAUGUGGACCUGCACUUUGCAUACCUUGAGAUCAACCCCCUCGUCGUGACGGACGACCAGGUCUACUACCUGGACAUGGCAGCCAAGCUCGACCAGACGGCCGACUACCUCUGCGGUCCCAAGUGGGCCAUUGCACGCGAGCCGAGCGCGUAUGGAGAGGCCAGCGCCCCGACGUCGGGCGCCCUCACUGAGGACCGCGGUCCGCCCAUGGUCUGGCCCGCGCCGUUCGGUCGCGAGCUCACCGCGGAGGAGGCGUACAUCUCCAAACUCGACGCGGGCACGGGCGCGUCCCUGAAGUUGACGGUGCUGAAUGCAGCAGGCCGCAUCUGGACAAUGGUGGCAGGUGGCGGCGCCUCGGUCGUGUACAGUGAUGCGAUUGCCGCCCAUGGGUUCGCGCACGAGCUGGCGAACUACGGCGAGUAUUCGGGCGCGCCUACCGAAACGCAAACGUUCGAGUAUGCCAAGACGCUGCUAGACCUAAUGACGCGCGGCGAGCCGCACCCUGACGGCAAGCUGCUCAUCAUCGGCGGUGGUAUCGCCAACUUUACCAAUGUGGCUGCGACCUUCAAGGGCAUCAUCCGUGCUCUGAAGCAGUUCAAGCCGCUGCUGGUCAAGCACCAAGUCCGCAUCUUUGUACGCCGUGGUGGUCCCAACUACCAGGAGGGUUUGCGCGCGAUGCGCCUGCUGGGUGAAGAGCUUGGCGUGCCGAUCCAGGUGUACGGCCCUGAGACACACAUCACUGACAUUGUGCCUCUUGCCCUGGGCCUCAAGCGUCCCGAGGACAUGGUCCUCAACGAGGCGGGCUCCAUGGCACCUGCGUCUGUCCAGCAGGAGGCGCCAGCGCAGGCGGCCCCCACGGAGUCGACGACGCCGAACGUCGGCGCUGUGAACCUUGUCACCGGUGAGCGGAUUCAGCCGCAGGACCAGAUCGUGCACUUCCAGACGGACGACUCAACGAAGCGCCCCUGGUUCAUGCCAUUCGACGAGCAUACGCGCUCUCUCGUGUACGGCUUGCAGCCCCGCGCGAUCCAGGGCAUGCUCGACUUUGACUUUGCGUGUGGCCGCGAGAAGCCCUCGGUAGCGGCGAUGGUGUACCCCUUCGGCGGCCAUCACAUCCAAAAGUUCUACUGGGGCACCAAGGAGACGCUCUUGCCUGUGUACCAGAGCUUACAGGAGGCCGUCAAGAAGCACCCCGAUGUCGACGUGGUGGUCAACUUCGCCUCAAGUCGCUCGGUGUACUCGUCCUCGCUCGAGGUCCUGGCCAUCCCGCAGAUUCGUGCGCUGGCGUUGAUCGCUGAGGGCGUGCCCGAGCGCUACGCACGCGAGAUUCUGUGGCGCGCGAAGAAUGCGUCUGUUCUGGUCAUCGGCCCUGCCACUGUGGGUGGUAUCAAGCCGGGCUGCUUCCGCAUCGGUAACUCGGGCGGUAUGAUGGACAACAUCGUCGCCUCGAAGCUGUACCGCGCGGGAUCGGUGGGCUACGUGUCCAAGUCGGGUGGCAUGUCCAACGAAUUGAACAACAUCCUGUCGUUCACCACGAAUGGCACCUACGAGGGCAUUGCCAUCGGUGGUGACCGCUACCCCGCGACCACCUUCAUCGACCAUCUGCUGCGCUACGAGAACGACCCGAACUGCAAGAUGCUCGUGCUCCUGGGCGAGGUCGGCGGCGUGGAGGAGUACCGCGUCAUCGAGGCCGUCCAGCAGGGCCGCAUCACGAAGCCCAUCGUGGCGUGGGCGAUUGGCACGUGUGCCAGCAUGUUCACCACCGAGGUGCAGUUCGGUCACGCCGGCUCGAUGGCCAACAGCGAGGCAGAGACGGCGAACGCCAAGAACGCGGCCAUGCGCGCUGCCGGCUUCGUGGUGCCGGACACGUUCGAGGACAUGCCGACCGUGCUGUGCCGGACGUACGAGCGCCUGGUCCAGAACGGCACGAUCAAGCCCAAGGCUGAGCGUCCGCCGCCGCCGAUCCCCAUGGACUACAAGUGGGCGCAGGAGCUGGGCAUGGUGCGUAAGCCAGCGGCCUUCAUCUCGACCAUCUCGGACGAGCGUGGCGCGGAGCUGAUGUACUCGGGCGUGAAGAUCUCGGACGUAUUUGGCUCGAACAUGGGCAUCGGCGGUGUCGUGUCCCUGCUCUGGUUUAAGCGCCCGCUGCCGCCCGUGUGCACCAAGUUUAUCGAGAUGACACUUAUGCUCACGGCGGACCACGGACCGGCCGUGAGCGGUGCCAUGAACACGAUUAUCACGUCGCGUGCCGGCAAGGACCUCAUCUCGUCGCUUGUGUCGGGUCUGCUGACCAUCGGUGACCGCUUCGGUGGCGCGCUAGACAAUGCUGCGCGCGAGUUCUCGUCCGCCUUCGACCGUGGCCUGACGCCCCGCGAGUUUGUGGACUCCAUGCGCAAGGCCAACAAGCUGAUCCCCGGUAUUGGCCACCGCAUCAAGAGUGUGUCGAACCCCGACUACCGCGUGGAGGUGGUGAAGGACUACGUUCAAAAGAACUUUGAGUCGCACAAGCUGCUGGACUAUGCACUGGCCGUGGAGAAGGUGACGACCGCAAAGAAGGACACGCUGAUUCUCAACGUGGACGGCUGCAUUGCCGUGUGCUUCGUCGACUUGCUGCGUGGCUCUGGCGCCUUUACGCCCGAGGAGGCCGACGAGUACGUGCAGAUUGGUGCGCUCAACGGCCUCUUUACGCUGGGCCGCACGAUCGGCUUCAUCGGCCACCACUUGGACCAGAAGCGUCUCAAGACGCCGCUGUACCGCCACCCAGCUGAUGACUUCCAUAUUGAGAUGGCGACGCCGUCGCGUGUGGUCGGCAACUACGACCCGCACCACCAGUAA